AUGAGACCAUUUUUUUUGUAAACUCUUGAGAGCAUAAAGAGUUCUGCUGGAUAUGAUAACGAAGUUGACUUAUUUUGUGAGCUUUAAGUAGUAGAUUCAAUGGAGAAGUCAAGUUAACCAUAACUUAAAUAUAUGAUGAGUUCACACUCUUCUCCUGAUGAACGUAUUCAAAAUACAUUUGAAUAGGAAUUUCAUGCAAACCCAAGUGAGUAGAAACUAAACGAUUCGAAUUAGAACUAGAUGCAAAUUUAAAAUUAUAAUGAUAAAAAUGAGAGAGUUUAAACUUUGAACUAAAGUGAACCAAAAAGACCUAAGAGAAAUAGAAGGAAAUUAAAUGUUAAUUCACAAUUAAUGGAUUUCCAGUCCGAGAAUAAUUCGUCCUCCUAAAAUUUGAGUAUUAUUGCUUGUAGAUGCACUAAAUCGAAUUGCUUGAAAUUGUAUUGCUUAUGCUUCCAUUAAAAUCAAAAAUGCUCUGAUCUUUGCAAAUGUUUUGAAUGUAAGAAUAAGGCAGAGCAUUUUGAGAUCAGAUUUAAUGCUCUAGAGAAAGUCAAAUAAAAAUUGCAUAGAUAGAAAAACGAUGAUGAUUUAUUUGAUAGAUCAAAGAUUUGGGGCUGCAAAUGCCAGAAAUCCUAAUGUCAGAAGAAUUAUUGUGAAUGUUUUGUCAGAAAUUAGAAAUGCUCUUCAAGUUGCAGAUGCAAAGAUUGUGCAAAUAAAAAAAGAUUUCCAUUCUAGCAAAAAAAGAAAUAGAAGAACCAAUCUUAGGUUUGA